ACGGUGAGGCCGGCCGGCCGGCCGGGCGCCGCCUCCUGUGGUCCCGGCCCGGCCGCCUGUCCCGCUCAGCUCACCGGCGCCCCGCCCCGCCUCUCACUCGCGCCCGCCGAUCAGGUUGGGGGCGCUGCCGCCAGGUGGCAGGCACGGCGGCGGCCGUGUCGGCUCGGUCCCGUUCCCCCGCCCGCCCGCAGUCGACUCGGGAUUUGAUUGCGGGUGAGCCGCUGCGCACUCGUGACACGUGGCUGCAGCGGUGGGUGGCGAUAGAUCUACACCUCUCCCGGUGUUUAGACUGCCGGUGGAGAGACGAGCAACGGCAGCAGCCCACCGGUGUCGCCGGGACGCGGCGGCUGAACCGGCCGGUGCCCGGCAGCGGGCCGCCGGCAACCUCAAGCUCCCUCGGUCGGCCUCCGACGGCCGGCACCAUGAGCGAGUUUCGCGCCAAAGACAUCGGUCUGCGCGUGCAGAAAAAGCUGGCCAGCAAGAUCAGCAACAAGGCCGUCGCCAAGACGAUGCUGGAUGACGCCACCAGCCAGAUCCUGGACAACCUCUACAGGCUCUGCAAGAACGUGACGGGGAACAAGAAGGAGUCUGAAAAGGUCAUAAAGAACCUCAUCAAGGUGGUUGUCAAGGUGGGGAUCCUGAACCGUAACGAGCAGUUCGACCACGACGAGAUGGUGCUGGCCGCAAAGUUCCAGCGCAAGUUCCAGAUGACCUGCAUGACCAUCAUCAGCUUCUACCAGAUCGACUUCAGCUACGACCGCAGCUUCAUCACCAAGAGCCUGCUGGACCUGAAGGCGAUGCUCUCCAGUCUGGUGGAGCGCCACCUCACGGACAAGACGCUCGCGCGAGUGGAGCACGUGUUUGAGUUUUUCCGCGAGCCCACCUUUCUGGACGCGGUGUUUGCGCGAAACUCUGAGCACCGCGAGCUGCUCGGUAAGAUCACCAAGGACCUGAACACGAUACUGGAGGUGUCGGAGGAGGAGGCCAGCUAGUGCGCCGCGUCGGCCGCCCGCGAGUCAGUGUCUGUGAAUUGUGCCGCGCCGCGGGGACGGAGCUUCUCUCGCCGGUGGACCAGUGACUUCGGCCCGGGUGUCAGUGUGAGACCAGUGAUUUUGCAAAUAGAGCAGUUGUACACUGCUCUACUGAGAUUACGCAUGCGGACAUGACUAUGUUAGGUAACAGUCGUCUUUGUUCGUUACUUGAUUGCCAUUUUUGGACACCGAAUGACCAGCGUUGGUGUAGCCGAACUAUAAGUGUACCUACCUAUAAUGAUCACUGACUUUUCGCGAGAAGCUCAAUUUCGAUAGGAUUUCUAAAUGUUCGCUUUCAGGCGUUUCGUCGUUUCUCUGUCGUGAUAUUGGGUUGUCUUGCAUGUAUUUAUGUAAGAAACAGCAGAAAUACUCCGUCUUGUUGCUGCUGCUCUCCAUUUGCUUACCAAGUAUGCUGAGGAAGGGGUUGUGACGUAAGAGCUGGCUGACGACGUGCGAUCGUGAUGAAAUAGUUUACAUUAGCAGUUAACUGUUAGAGAUUGUAAUAUGCUCGGGGUGUUCAUGUUUGCCGUAUGGGUAUUGGUACGAUUCGUUUCAUAUCAAGCGUGCAUUCCUAUCACACCGCUUGCCGCCCCCGGCCCUUGGUAACCAUACUCGCAGCGACGCUAGGUACUAUGCAGUUUAUUAUUACGUACUGAAUAAAACGUUUUUAUAGGUAAA